CAGGUCUCAGGCCCCCAGGCGGGGCGGCGGGGGCACCGAGUCACCAGGCACAACCGUGGGCUCCGAGUCAACUGGGAUGACCGCUGGCACUGGGUCAGACAUUGGAUCGUCUGACUGGACAGCGGGCACUGGGUCACCAGGCAUCAGGUCAUUUGGCUCGACAGCGGGCACCGCGUCAUCUGGCAAGGCAGUGGGCUCCGAGUCAACUGGUAUUGGAUCGUCUGACUGGACAGCGGGCAUCGGGUCACCAGGCAUCAGGUCAUUUGGCUCGACAGCGGGCACCGCGUCAUCUGGCAAGGCAGUGGGCUCCGAGUCAACAGGCACGACAGUGAGCACCGGGUCAUCAGGUACCGGAUUGUCUGGCUCGACAGCGGGCAUCGGGUCACCAGGUAUGACAGCGGGCACUGGGUCACCAGGCAUCAGGUCAUUUGGCUCGACAGCGGGCACCGGAUCAGGUACCGGAUCAUCUGGAUCAACAGCGGGCAUCGAGUCAACUGGCCUAAUAGGAUCGUCAGGCUGGAUCAGUUCAUCAUGCUGGGUAGAGGCAUCAGGCUGAAUGCCGGCGU